GAACUUUGUUUGGAUGAAGCAGUGCUGGACUUUGAAAUGCCAGAACCUGUUGAUGAGGAACCAGAUAAUAUUCCUGGGCAGCGUAGAGUUGUGUCUGAGGAGGACCUGGUUGGUAAAAGAGCCAAUAUCGCCUUCAAUGACAACCUCCUUACACUUGCCAACCACUUGAGUUUGCCCAUGAAAAAGUGCAGCCACAGGGACAAACAGUCUGGAGCAUGCCCUGGUGCUCGGCCAUUUCGGAUCAAUCUCAAACCAAGAGGGACUGGCGUCAUUUUGGAAUGGCUGUGUCCCUUUGGACACGUAGUGUGGCAGUGGAAUUCACAGCCGACACUAAAGUUCGGCAUGCAGGGUGGUGAUUUUCUGCUGUCCAUGAACAUUCUGCUGUCAGGCAACAACUACAGAAAAGUGGCCCUCCUGUUCAAAUUCAUGAACAUGGGUAUGGUUGCAGAGGGCACACACUUCAGGCUGCAGGAUGCCUACUGCAUAGAGCCUGUGCAGGAAUACUGGGAGAAAACCAGGGCGGAAGUCCUAGAGCGCUUGCAUGAAAAGGACCAUGUUGUUGUCUUGGGUCAGUUUUCUCUUGAUUGCAUUUAUAUAUUCGUGAAAAACCAACUGUCAAAUUCAAGUGGGAACUUCGGCUCUAAUAUUCUUUAUUUCUGUUUGCUCUAUUCACUAGGUGAUGGCAGAAUGGAUUCUCCUGGUCAUUGUGCCCAGUUUUGCACCUACACCACUCUAGAGCAAGACUCCAGCGAUAUAGUUUACAUUGUUUCGGUUGACAAACGUGAGACUAGCCGAAAUUCUGUGAUCAUGGAGAGGGAGUGCUUUACAAGGACCAUGGAUGUGCUGCUCCAGGAACUUCCCAUUAAAGAAGUGGUCACUGAUGCCCACCCCCAGAUCUCUGCCUUGCUAAGUAAGGACUUCCUCAUCCUCAUUUUGCUAAUGUCCAUGUGAUGUCUUGGCUUCAAAAGUCCUUAGAAAAUGUGUAGGAUUCUGCCUGUCGUUAGCAACCGCCUGAUUUAGGACGGAAACGGAUAUCAGAGAUUUAUCAAUAGGACCGGUCAGUGUAAACAUAUCAUUUCUAUGUCUGUGCAGAGAGACCGUCUUGUCUGAACCGGUUGUCUUUUAGUAAAAGACACCAGCUUGAACACAAUUCGAGAUGGAUACCCCCAGUUGGUUCACCAGGUCAAUUGUAGCAUUGGUGUUAAUCUU